AUGUCGGUGGUCCUAGAGGACGGGAGGUUUGGAUGCCGAGUAGCCAGCCGCUCCCUCCAAGAGAAUGAAAUCACGAGAGUACGAGAGGCCAGUCCACACCCGACGAUUUCUUACGCCGACGCCGAUCUCGGUCAGAUCCGAUCACUUCGAGCCAUAGACGUGGGGACCUCAGGCUUCUCUCUGUGCUCUGUGGGCACCUCGGGGAUACCAAAGCCAGAGGAGAAGAAGGGAGGAGAACAAGAUGAUGUGUCACCCGCGCAACUCGAGCCCCCCACCACCGGACCCGCAGCUGGUGGCGGCUAUGACAGCUGGCUUCAACGACCUUUGAACGACCUUGGCAACGCUCGCCGCGCUAUCUGGGCCUACGGGAUCUCCCCGCUACCGGCUCCCGUUCCCUCUCUGUUAAGCGAAGGAUGUGUGAAGAGACUCGGACAACCCGUCACUGGUGGAUAUCCAGGCGACCUCCGCCGCGUAAUGCCCUCUGAGGCAGUUCUCGCCCUCCUCACUACUACGGUUGCCCUUUGGGCCCUCCCGUCUUACUUGGAAGCUAACGGGUCGUCAACCGGCCAUGGGGCCCAAGAACAACAAUACCCCACUCAACUCAUCGAUCUCUAG